UAUAGAUCCAUAUCAGCUGCCUUCACUCCUCUUUUCUUUUGCCUUUCACUGAAUCUCUCACUCUCUUGCUUAAACCACCAUGGCCGUCACCUUCACAGAUCUCUACACCGAAGCCGGCCUCAAGUCCCUCGAGGCCUACCUCUCCGGCAAAACCUACAUCUCCGGAGAUCAGCUGACGAAGGAUGACAUCAAGGUGUACGCAGCCGUGUUGGAGAAGCCAGCGAGUUCCUUCCCCAAUGUGAGCAAGUGGUACGACUGCGUUUCGUCCCAGCUCGCCAAAAGCUUCCCCGGAAAAGCUGCUGGUGUCAGAGUAAGCAACCAAGCUGCUCCUGCCGCGGCACCAAAGGCUGCAGCAGAAGAUGAUGAUGACCUUGAUCUCUUCGGUGAUGAAACAGAGGAGGACAAGAAGGCAGCAGAGGAGAUUCAGGCAGCUAAGAAGCCUUCCGCCAAGAAGAAAGAGAGUGGAAAAUCCUCUGUCCUUCUGGAUGUGAAGCCGUGGGAUGAUGAAACAGACAUGAAGAAGCUUGAAGAGGCUGUUAGAAGCAUUGAAAUGGAGGGUCUCUUCUGGGGUGCAUCAAAACUGGUGCCAGUUGGUUAUGGGAUAAAGAAGCUCCAGAUCAUGCUCACUAUUGUCGAUGAUCUGGUGUCUGUGGAUACUCUCAUCGAGGAGCGUCUUACUGUUGAGCCGUGUGAUGAGUGGAUCCAGAGCUGUGACAUUGUUGCCUUCAACAAGAUUUAAGUAAUCCUGUUCAAUUGACUUGUAGCAAUAUGCAUGAGGCAAUUUAGUUUUUUGACAUUACAGUGUUUUGGUUGGAUAUGUUCUCUCUACUUUUAUUUUGUUUCAAGUGAGUGAUUAAAAGAGGAACAUUUGGUAAUCAAGUCCUUCAUGUUCUAUUUCUAUGGAAUGGAUUGAAAUCAACAUUGCUUAACAUAUGCUAUUCUUAUGGAAUGCCCAUUCUAUUC